CAAGGAAGGCAGAGCUCAAGGCGAGCAAAGAGAAAACAGAGGGGAAAGGCAGUUGGCAUUCCCAGGGUUGUCUGAAAAGCAGAUGGCGUUCCCAGAGUUGUCCGAAGAUGAAAUCGCUCAAAUCAUCUCUCUCACCACUCCACAAGAUGCUUGUAACAUGUCGGCCGUCUCCAGGCACUUCAAAUCAAUCGCAGAUUCAGAUUCGGUGUGGACCAAGUUCUUGCCUUCCGACUGCGAGAACCUGAUCCCGCAUAUCUCGCCCAAGAAGUCUCUCUAUCGCCAUCUCUGCGAUCAUCCGGUCCCGAUCAAUGGUCGGAACGUGAGUCUUUCGUUGGACAAGAAGAGUGGACAGAAGUGUUUUACGUUGGGAGCAAGAGACCUGACAAUCGCAUGGGGAGAUAACCAGAACUAUUGGGAAUGGAUCGCCACACCAGAAUCCAGGUUUAACGAAGUGGCUCAGCUCCGGUCCGUGUGGUGGUUUCACAUCAUAGGAAGGAUCGAGACCUCUAUGCUCUCGUCCGGAACGAAUUAUGCAGCUUAUCUCGUAUACCGGUUCAACGGCCACCGGCAGGGAUUCGAUCGGCCAGUAAAGUCGCACGUCUGUAUUGGCAGCGAGGAGCUCGAUGAAGGGCGAUCCGUGACGCUGGACCCUAGGGAAGGCGAGCCUAGAGCGGUCCGUGAGCGCGCACAUGGAUGGAUGGAGAUCGAGAUGGGGGAGUUCUACAAUGAAAAUGGAGACGAUGGGACGCUGGUGUGUAGCCUCAGGGAGGUUGUCGAAUACAAGCGCGGUCUUGUUGUCGAAGGGAUCGAACUUAGGCCUAUGUACUAAACACAGGCUGAAAAUGUGUCUUUUGACUCAGGAUUGUUAAAUAUAAAGGAACUGAGUCUUCUCAAUCAUCAGUUACUAUAAAUUCAGCAGAUAGAGAAAGAACACGUGAGGAAAAACAAAAGACAGAAAAGCAACAAAGAGCUGGUGAUCAACGGUGGAGAACUCGUGGUGAAGACACACUUGGAUUGACAUCAAUGAAGAAGAAGCCUGAGAUGAAGAUUGACAUGGAUCGCCAAGUUAUAACAGAUCUAAACUAGCACGUGUGUGGUUAUUCAGCUGAAAGUGGGAAAAACAAAUGAAGAAACAGUUAGUUGAAUUCUGUUUUUCUUUUAUGAGCUGUAUUCUGUUUUCCGUUCUUUAAGUAGUCUUCUUCCUCCUUGAUGAAGGCUGAGCAUAUAUAGAAAGAGUAGAGAGAAGAAAUAAAGAGAGAGAAAGCUUAGAGAGCAAUCAUCAAUGGAUGCUCUGCAAUUGUGUAGCUGAUACAUGCUGUGAUAGAGAAAUAGAAACAGGGGAUGUAAAACAGAGGAUUUUGUAUUCAAAAGCUGUCAUUGAUCACAGAAGCUUUGUUCUACAAUCAUGUUGAUAUAGAGUAAUUCGAAGUA